AGACGUGCGCAGCACCGACACAGACGCGAUCCAUCGUCGGUAUAUAAUAAUUAUUGGAAUCGGGCCAUCGCGGAAGAGUUCGCUCGUUCGCGCGCGUAUAGGUAAGAGGCAGGAUUCGCCGCGAGCCAGUUCAGUUGCUCCGAGCCGCAGCGAUUCGACGCAUCGCAGCACAGCUCUCUGAUAAUUCGCGCUCGCGACAUUUUUAUAUAUACGUAUACCGGAGUGCGAGACCCCGUCUAUAUACAGUGUGUGUGUUGGUGUUUGAACGUAAUCAAGCCCUCGCCCGCGCGCCUCUGUAUAUAUCAUAAACAGUGUCGAAACUCGAAACGAAUAAAGUCUCGCAUCAUCCCAUUAUCGAUCACUCUCGCUUGCUCUCUUUAUACGAAAAAUAAUCAUGUCGCGUCGCAGCAUUCGCUUCCCCCUGCCACCCGUGUCGCCGGUGCAGAUGGCUCUGAUCAGCUCGCCGCCCGCGAGGACUCGCGCCCGGCCGCGUCUCCGAGCUCUGCCCGUCUCCACGGCCCACACCAAGACCCUGAUCCUGGCCGAGGCCCGUCCCCGCUAUCCCGUCUCGUACAUCGCCCUGAGCAAGCAGCCUCGCGAGCUCUCGCUGGCCCUGAAACUGGCCGCGGCGCCCCGCGAGCCCGGACCCCUGCACAUCAGGCCGUCGCCGCCUCACCUCGUGGCCCGGCCCAAGUCCAAGGUGCUGGAUCGCGCCAUGCCCCUGUCCUUCCAGAAGUCCUGCCCGUGUCCGCUGUCGAGGCGCUGCGCCAACUGGCGGCCCGCGCCGCCCAUGCCCAAGUUCUACUCGCCGGCCUAUCGGGUGCCGCGCGAUCUGCCCCAGCUGCCCAGGGAGCGCCUGGCCAAGGUGCUGAAUCCGCCGCCGCGGAUCGCGCUGGCGCCGAUCAGCCUGGCCCGAGACCAUCACGCUUUGCGCAACCGCAAGCCUCGAGCCACCGCCGCCGCCAGCUUGAAAUAUUAACCGCAGUAGCAGUAGCAGUAGCAGUAGCCAAGAUCAAGUUCACUUACUCUCAUCGCGCGCAUAAUCGCAUCGCAUUAGCUAAUAGGCUCUCGAGUGCAGCACUGCAUUAUAUAGAUUAAUUGCGACUAAUAUACACGCACUCGGAUUCGCUCGAUCGUCAGCGACGUCAUUAUAAUUCACUCGAUUGGCUUAAUCGUGUGUGCAAAAUUUGUAUAGACGAUCAUUUCAUUGUCGCAAGCUCACUGUGGACGUUUCAUAAGCGUGUGAAAAAACAAAACAUAAGCCGAUCGUCGCCCUUCCUCCCCCCAGCAAAUGGAAUCACGGGUCAGGAUUAACGUCAAACGCAUCUACAUAAACAUUUGCUUGCAAAAUAUGCGCUACUUUGGCCCCUGGCCUCAAGACCAGUAGCGUGCAUACAUCCGCAUCGUUCCGAAUGCAAUCAUCGAUCGCCGUGACCAUAAUCAUCGCCACCGGCGCAGCUCGCCCAAUACAAAACGAAACGAAAUAAAAAAAGUCGAAAAGUGCGCGCGCGCGAAGACUCGGCUGUACCUUGAUAUACGAAAAUACGAAUC